AGACCAGAGACCCAGAGGCCACAGCAGCAGACUCCCAGACACCAGAGCCCAGGGGCCACAGCUACAGACUCUCCAGCAGACCAGAGCCAGCUGCAGACCAUGCCAGCUGCAGACUUCUCAGAGACCAGAACCCCAGAGGCCACAGCUGCAGACUCCUCAGAGACCAGAGCCCCAGAGGCCACAGCAGCAGACUCCCCAGAGAGAAGAGUCCCAGGGGCCACAGCAGCAGGCUCCCCAGAGGCCAAAUCAGCAGACUCCCCUGAGACCAGAGCCCCAGGGGCCACAGCAGCAGACUCCCAUAGGGCCAGAGCCCCAGUGGCCACAGCAGCAGACUCCCCAGAGGCAAGAGCCACAUGGGCCACAGCAACAGACUCCCCAUAGGCCAGUGCUCCAGUGGCCACAGCAGCAGACUCCUCAGAGGCCAGUGAUCCAGGGGCCACAGCUGCAGACUCCCCAGCGGCCAGAGUCCCAGUGGCCAGCAGCAACCACAACUCCAGAUCAGAGAUGUCAAGUACAGGUUCGGGAUACAGUGCAAUGUGGAACCCCAGAUAUUACUCCAUCUCAAUGUCAGGCUAUCGACUGCUGCUUCAAUGGACAGCAGUGCUACUAUGGGAAGGCAGUGACUGUGCAGUGUACCAAGGAUGCUCAGUUUGUGGUGGUKGUGGCCAGGGAUGCCACUUGGCCCAAAAUAGACAUUGAUUCCAUCAGUCUGUUGGGGGGAAAUGACAGCMCCUGCAGUCCUGUUGGCAUCACUUCAGCCUUCGCCAUAUACCAGUUCCCUGUCACUGCCUGUGGCACCACUCUAAAGGAGGAGAGUGGUUAUGUGGUUUAUGAGAACAGGAUGGCAUCUUCCUAUAACGUGGGGAUGGGACCUCGAGGCUCUAUCACCAGGGACAGCCAUUUUGAGCUGCUGUUCCAGUGUAAGUACUCUGCCACUGCAGUACAGGCUCUGGUUAUUGAGGUGAACACUGUUCCUGCACCCGCUUCUGUUGYUGCUCCGGGACCCCUCAGAGUGGAACUCAGACUGGCCAAAGGAACAUGCGACACCAAGGGAUGUAAUGACGAGUCGAGAUCCUUCACAUUGUAUUACACUGAGGAAGACUACCCUAUCACUAAAGUCUUGAGGCAGCCUGUGAACGUUGAGGUUCGCAUCCUGGAGAGGAAGGAUCCCAACCUGUUCCUGAUGCUGGAGCACUGCUGGACCACCUCUGCCCCCAGCCCUGUCAGCAUGCCCCAGUGGGAUCUCAUCAUUGAAGAGUGAGUAACUACAGUACUAUCCACCUGAUUUCCAUGCUUGCUGC